GUUAUAUUUAAAUCAAUGUUAACUAUUUGGCGCAUGCUGAUGUCCUUAUUACAGCAUUUCGACGCAUUUAUUUAAAAUAAUCCUGGAAAAUAGUUUAAAAAGCGCAUCCUUCAAAUUAAAAGCCCGACAUUAAAAGGCGGUAAGUGGAUUUUCAUUUUCAGAGCGUCGUUUAUUUACCUACCUUUAUUUAAAGGUAUACAUCGUGGUAGCCAGGCGGGUUAAAGGCGAUGUUUGAGCCAGCUGGUUGUUUUCGGUCAUCUCUUGGUUUCUUGUAACCGGGGGUCUCCGUGGUCCUGCUGCCUCCCCGGAGAACACGGCCGACCUUGAGGACUCCGUCAUGGACCUGACGCGGCUGGCCGUGGAUGCUGGUCAGUUCAUCAACAGGGCUGUUCAGUACACCGGAGAGAUUCUCGGCCACACGGGCAGGACUGAGCUGGACCCCGAGCUGGAGACGCUCCUGGCCCGAGCAGACGCCACCAAGACUUGGACGGACUCGAUCAUCUCUCAGACUGAGGUUUUACUUCAACCCAGUCUUGGAGCUCGAUUAGAGGACCGGCUGUACGAGCAUCUGGAAUGGAACGCCCCAACUCGACCCCGUGCACACGAGGUACUGGGAGAGCAAAUGACCCAGGCUGGACUGGAGAUUGGAUCAAACACCCCCUAUGGAACAGCUCUGCUGAGGUGCGGAGAGACCCAGAAGCAGCUGGGAGAAGCUGAGAGGAAGUUUGCAGAAUGCACCAAUAUUCACUUUCUCACACCUCUGAAGAGUUUCACAGAGGGGGAAUACAAAGUCAUCCAGAGUGAGCGGAAGAUGCUGCUUAACAAGCGUUUGGAUUUGGAUAUUGCCAAGACCAGACUGAGGAAAGCUCACGAAGCCGACAGAGAGGCCCGAAACAUGAAUUCAAACCCACUGGAUGAGGACUACCUGUCUCAUGUCUCCUACAUGUUCAACUUCCUGCAUGUUAAAUGGCUGAAGAUAUGGGCCCAGGAAAUCUCUCAGGCUGAGAUGGAGCUGAGAAUCUGUCAGAGUCUUUUCGAUCGGCAGUCAGAAAUCAUGAGUCGGAGCCUGGCAGGAAUCGGCAACACGCACACAAACCACAUGCGGAGCUUGACUGACUUUGUAGACGGUCAGGCAGCUUUUUUUGCUCAGUGCAACCAACAUGCUCAGGAGCUUCAAAGCCAGCUCGCCAGGAUUCCAGCUGUCUUUUGCUCCAAUAACUGGCAGUCAGCAGUUUGUAACGAGCUUAACGGCCUGUCGACAGGCAGCCGCGUAGCUGCUGAGUCUGUUGGGUUGGACCAGAUCACUCUAGUUCCUACAGCAGCUCGCCAGCUACCAGACUUUGACCAGGAAUCAUGGACUGUAACUGCUUCUCCUAAAACUGAAACUGUUUCCUCCUCAACUGUUCUUUCACCUGAUCAAACAAACAGCAAUAAUAACAACAACACCUUCUGCUCUACCAGCCAAUCAAGAGGUCAGCAAUCAGCGGAUAAAAGUCAGCCAUUUACAGACCAACCAGAGGAGGUUUCAUCAACGAAUGAUCUGGAAUCCAACAUUUUGCCUUCUUCCAGGGAUUUUUCACAGUCUGCCACAGCCAAAUUAACCAAUGGUACUAGUUUGACAACAUUAGCCCCAACACCCCCUUCCCCUCAAUCCAGUGCAAUCCCAAAUGAGACCCAGACGGCAGAUCCAGGAGCCUCUGAAGCUCCUGACAUCACUACUUCCAAUUAUGAGUAGCCAGUCACUAAUAGAGAAGGCAUCUUUUCAGGGUUGUUGUGGUACUGACACUAUCUGGAGCUGCAGCGGGUUUAUUUCCAAGUAAACUUGAAAGAUACAGUUUACAGUAACUUGUCAGACGUGGGAUUAUAACAAUUAUAAAAGCAUUUAUUCAGAGGGCUCAUAUACAGAAGCGUAUUGCAUUCACCUAGAAAAAGAAGAAAUCGGUCUCUUAUAAAUUAAUGAUGCUGCUGUGAUUUCAUGUUAUUGUUGGCUUUGCAGAUUUCUAAGCAAAAGAUGCUUUUCCGUCAGAGAAGCUUCAACAUGUCCCGUUUGAGUUUAAUUCCUUUUUGCUUCCUUUAAGAACUGGGACACUGGGAAAUUCUCGUCUCUUAGUUAUGUAGAUGUGAUCACUAUUAGUUUAUUGACUUUGCUACUCAUGAUAUGCUUGCUUUCUUCUUUUCUCCAGUUUGUUGUUAGUUCAGAAUAACAGCGCUUUUACAUUUUUUUUUUUAAAGAAAAUUAUCUCAUUAAUUCCAAAACUUUUAACUUAUAUAUGUAUUCGACUCAUUAAUUCCGUUAAUUCAGAAAAACAGAUCAACUUUUUUUAGGUGAAUGCAAUACCUUUCUGUAUUUAUUUCAGCAUUUUUUUUUUUUUUUUACAACUGCUUUUCUUUUUCGUUUUGUUUUGGCUUGAGAAGCAACAUAUGUAUUUUAUUUCCAUGUAAUAUAAAGCUACACAAAGCAGCUGAGUUUAACCGAAGUAAUGAUGUUUCAAAGGGAACAAAUAGUCAAUAGGGAGGACAUCGGUCCAUGUUAGCUAGCUAUGAAGAGGAAGGCAGGCGACAGUCUGCAGAAAUUUUGCCUUAGAGCAGUAACUUUAUGUCAGCUGGCCGCCCUCUUUCUCAGGGAGGUACAAUAUACUUCACAAUUAACCAAUUCUUCCUGUAAUUUACCACAGGGAUGAAUUGUCAUUGGUCUUAUACCUGUGGGUUUAGUUUUCUUCCAUCAAGUUUGGUUAUAAGAAGUCACCCCCAGAGCCUAGUUCUAUAGAUGGAGGUUCCAAAGGAAGUGAGAAUGCUGUUAUGGAGUCUGCCAUUUAUUUGGCUCUGAUGCUAAGAACAUCUGAAGUUGCUGUUUUAGCUAAUUAUCAUGAAUAGGGAAUGUUUGGAGAUAAAUUUUAGGAAGGUCCUUUAAUAAGAAAUGGAAAGUUGGCAAAUGUUUCAUACUUGCAUCAAAAGUAAAAUCAAAUGUAAUUUUCUUUUAUUAUGUUUGCUCUCAAAUAUCUGCAGCCGCCUACAUGAUCCAGCUGCUGACUCUGCAAGAGUUGUUAAAAACCUGAGCAUAGCCUGAGUUGGAUCUUCCACCAUCAGCCCAUGGUUGCUUCUCUCAUUAUGCCCAGACUCCUAUUGUUUCAUAGUGCUAGGGCAAAAGAGCACCUCGGUUUCAUUAAGCCCAAUGAGCCCAUUUCUACAAUGCUAAUCUUGACAAAUAUCCAAUAUCUGACAUUAUUUUACAUGUUACAGCCAGAGAUUCUAUAUUUUAUUUUGAUGUGAUGGACUAACUAAAACUCAGAUGAUCUUUGGAAAGAUUUUGUCUCUAAUGUUGUCAAUCAGGGUGUCACUUAAAUAGAUCCCAUCAGGAAGCAUGAAGUAGGCUUGCAAAUAUCAAAAAGCAACACAUCAUGCCCUGAUUUAAAGAAAAAUUAAACGAACUGUAAAAUAAGUGAAUCUAUAAAGAACCAAAGAGAUAUUUUUAAGGAGUGAGAUCCUUUAUACACUAAUAGAGAAAACAUUUGCCAUUUUCUUCUAAUAUGGCUCCAUUUAAAUAGUUCAGCAAUGAAGGGGUUUGGGUUGUCUCACAGUGGGGUUUACGGUAAGUCUAAUUUCUUUCCCCAAAUAAAUUUAUCAUAAUUUUUGCUGGCUCUGGCAAUCCUUUCAAUAAUUUUCUUUUUUUAUAUUAAAUUUGACCCUCUGAAAAAAAAUUGCAAAAAAACAAAAACCUCUAUGACUGUUUUUUCCCUUUCAGGUGGCUCAAAGGACUCCUUUUGUAUCCUUAAGGUGUUUUUUCUCUGAUCUGCUUUGACAGAAAAUAGCAAAUAUGGUCGUCAUUGAUUAAUAUGUAACCCUCUCUCAUAUUUUGACUUUUUUUGGUCUAAAAUAUAUUUGUUUUUUUAACUUUGAUUUAGUGCCAGGAUAAAUGCAUUUAGGUGUAGCCUAGCCAUGUAUGAUUGGUGUUUUUAAAAAAAGGGAAAGCUGAGUUGAUAUAGAGAUGUAUCCCAGGCAUUGUGCCAAAUGUAACUUUGUGUACGUGUGUUAAAGUUCUUGUAUGUCAGAGUUUUCCAGCGCUGUGACACCUUUAAAAGAGCUGCCUAAAGAUGUAUGUCACUUUUUCUGUUGUUGACUCAUGUUUCUUUAAGCUGAGGUCAUUUUCCAUAUGAAACUGCCUCCUGUGUUUACGUUUAUCCGUCUUGUUGAGCCACAAGAGGUGAAAAUAGACUCGCCUGACUUGGACCUUUGUGCUUCUUUAUACACAGGCUCGAUUUUUCUGUAUUAUUGUUGCCCAAUCAUGGCUUUACAACCCGCUUAACCCCCACCCACCCCCAUGAUGAAUGAAAAAUGGGUUUUCAUAUCCAGAUGUUGAUUUUCUUCUUCUGCCUCCUUGUGAUUUCAGGCCAAAUUUGGGACCUUAAAUGGGAACACACUCUGCUUUCUCCGGCUUGAAAAAAAAACCUUUGUCACAGUGAAUAAACAUAUUUAGAGCUUGGUAGUAAAAGUACUUAUCUUCCACCUCCUGCUGGUUUGAAACAUAAUUUAUGUGCUUUGUUGAGCUGAUGUCAGCACCAGUUUAAAGAUGAAGAAACAAAACCUGCAGUGAUGUCAUACCAGACCAAGUUCUGAGGUUCUUCACAGCCGAGGUUGUUUCUGGAAAGUGCUUGUUAAAAAACAGUUGCACUGCUUUGGUUCACAUAGCACUCUAAUGAGGUCUGUUUAAGCACGACACACGAUGGCAUUAACAUAUACAACCAUGGAAGCAGAAUCCAAAAAAAACUAGUUUGGUCAUCCUGCUGAUGACUCCUUUAAUUUCCAAACAAAUUGACUUGAUCAGACAGAAUGUGUGGCAACAAUCUGUCAUGGCCUGUUGUUGACGCUUAUAUCACACCAGUGAAUAAGCUUUUAGAGGCCCAAAUAUCCAGCAUCUGCUCAGAUUCACAAGGAAAUAUUUCAGCCUCUCUUGGUCUCAAAUGAGUCACUAAACAAGAAUAGAAGCUCUUCAAUCUGUCCAUGGUAUAUUUCCGCUAACCUGAAACAAGUUCCUUUCACACUUCCAACUUCUUUUCAUGCCUCCAUAAUCAGAAUGUCAUCCUUUCCAUCAGCAGAUAACAGAGCCGGUGUUUGCUGUGGUCUAGUUCAGCGUCAUUCAGGGAGGAGAAAAUACUAAAAAGAUGACAUGUUUUCCUCAUCUAGGUCAGCAGAUCAGAUGGAGGAAAUAGUUUGAAUACUGAUAUUUCCUUUUUAUUCUAGUAUAUUUUUUCAAGUGAAGUUUCUAAGUUGACCUGAUUUUUGUUAUGUUAAAUAAACGUAUAAAAAGUAA